GCGGGUCUGAUGAUAGACUGGUGUUAAAGCUUGCGUGAAGAGUUACAGUCUUGGAAGAGCUGUGCAGAAAUGGCUAUGCGAGUAGUAAACACCAUGAUCUAUAACGUUCCAUUGAUACUGUUCUGGAUUAGAGUCAUGUGUGUAACAGCUGAUGAGAGCAUGGUGUUGGUUCCUGGUGGAAACAUGAAAAUAGGAACUAACGUUGCCGAUGGCCGAGACGGCGAAUCUCCUGCCAGGGCUGUGACAGUCGAGACGUUUAUGAUGGACAAGUAUCCUGUAACUAAUUCUGAUUUUAGGGAAUUUGUCAGAUUGCAAAAGUAUAAAACAGAGGCUCAAACAUUUGGAUGGAGUUUUGUGUUCCAGGACUUUGUGUCUAAGGAAUUAAAAAGCAAAAUCACUCAGAGAAUUGAGUCUGCACCCUGGUGGUUGCCAAUUGAGAAAGCAUUUUGGAGACAGCCAAGUGGACCAAAUUCUACCAUCAAAGACCGUCUAGACUCCCCGGUGGUGCAGGUGAGCUGGAACGAUGCUCAGGCUUAUUGUAAGUGGAAGAAGAAGAGGCUGCCCAGUGAAGAGGAGUGGGAAAUAGCUGCACGCGGAGGACUGGAUGGAAGGACGUACCCAUGGGGCAACAAGUUCCUCCAAAAUCGCACCAAUUUGUGGCAGGGGUCUUUCCCAGAAGGGGACAAGGCUGAAGAUGGUUAUCAUGGCGUAGCUCCUGUAACUGCAUUUCCUCCACAGAAUAAUUAUGGACUGUACGAUAUGUUGGGUAAUGUUUGGGAGUGGACGUCUACACGUUUUACUUCGCGUCAGAUCAUGUAUGUCCUGCGUGGUGCAUCCUGGAUCGACACGGCUGACGGAUCAGCCAAUCACAGGGCACGUGUCACUACACGAAUGGGGAACACGCCAGAUUCAGCCUCAGAUAACUUGGGCUUUCGCUGUGCUUCGGACUUCAAGGCCAAAAAACAGACCAAGACCAAAGGAAAAACUGAGCUGUAAGGAGCUGAUGGAUAAAUCAAUGAUUAUGUUGGCAAGCAGAUACUUUAAUAAUGCAUCUCUCCUGUGGAGACCAGAGACAUUAAUUAUGAAAAAUCAUUCCACAUAAAGAACUUUCACACUAUGAAAAUACAAACAGCAUUUCUAGCGUGCCUGUUUUUUAAAAUAUUUUUUUUAUAUUGUUCCAAUUAUUUAAAAUGUUAAUAAUUAUAGAAUUUACAUAUAUAAUCACUGCUAACCAGCACCAAUUAUUAUUAUUAUUAUUAUUGCUAAAAAUCUUUCAAUCUGUAAUUUUGGUUACAGUGUUAACAGUGUCGUACAUAUUGAAAAUAAAAGGGAAAAAAAUAUAUAAAUAUAAAUCCUCGAAAUGUGUAAUGGAAAAGGAUGUUUGAAGAAUGGCAGGUUUAAUUGAGUCAGACAUGAAUGCAAAAAUUAUUAUAUUUCAGGGUAUUAUAUAUUUGCAGUUCAGAAAGCUGGGCCAGAGAACAUUACAGAAGUGGCAAGUUAUUUUUCUGAAGUCUGAGUCUAACACUUCCAAUUUAAAUGUUUUUAUUUUCCUUCUCAUGUAUAUUUAUAUUAUCUUUAUAUUAUUAAAAAAUCAGUGAAACAUAACUGGUCCUAAUUGUGGAAUCGCCAACCGCUUAAGCCAUCCCCAUAUGUGUAACUCAUUUAAA